AUGGCAUUCCAUCGUAAGCUGGUCGCGACGGGAGCCAUGGGUGGUCUCACAGAUGAGCGCCGGUUAUCCACGACUUUUAUCAAUCGAAUAAUUCAGGAGUUGGGCGCAUCAGUUCUCGAACGGUUUCAAGUGCUGAAUACUAAUACGGCGUGUGCGCUCUUGCCAUCAAUUCCUGCUGCGCAGCGUUUGAUCACCAGUUUGACCGUCAAGGGUACGGGCCACUUUGUGUCCCCUUAUAUUCAACUUUUUGUUCCCUCCACUGCUACACGCGAUAAGAACAAUGGACGGGAGGAAGAUGAUGCUGAUUGCCGCUGGGCAACAUUCUACGCUAUGCUAUACCACAGUGAUCUAACACAUGAGGCAAUGAGUGUCUGGCGCGAGACAGGCGAUGGAAUUACAAGUCGCCAUGCAGAAUUCGCGCUUGAAUGGUUUCAAUUUCUUGAGUCCCGGUGUAUCAAUGACUCAUUUUGCGCAAGACCCGACCUCAUCCAAGACGAGGCGCUGGGGAAGGACCUACCAUCCCUACCGCCAGCUGCCACUACAGCUAAGGAGGUAGAUGCAAUAAAGGCUCUGCUUGCAAAGUCCGCGGCAUCGGAUAUUCCUGGCCAGACCCCUGUUUUUCCACGCGAUGUAUUCCUGUAUCCCAAAGGGCUAUGUGGCAUAUAUGCAGUUGCCAGGUGCCUGGUCCCUGACGGUCUAGCGGCGGAAUCACAAGUAGUGAUCUACGGAUGGCCAUACGCCGAGACAGUGAAAUGUGUCGAGCGCAGUGGAUGGGGCCGUGUGAUCCUCUAUGGCAAAGGAACUGAGGCGGACCUGGACGAUCUGGAAAAGAAACUGGUGGCAGGGGAACGGAUCCAGGUGUUGUUUUGCGAGCUGCCCAGUAACCCACAACUCACGUCACCUGAUUUAGAUCGGAUCAGGCGACUCGCAGAUAACUACGGAUUUGUGGUGGCGUGCGGCGAGACCUUGGGCACCUUCGUGAACGUUGAUAUUCUUUUGCCAUGCUUACCAUUGACAGCAUCAUUGUCGGUAUUUUCGGCCACUGCCUCCUGUUCUCGGGCUGUCCGUGUUUCGAUAUGCGGAGACUUCAUGAACGGACGAGGCUGA